AUGGAAACUAUCAGAAACACCAUCUCGGAGAACCUGGGCGGUCCUGCCCAUGCUCUCGCUUCCCCAGAGAACAGCUUCAGUCUGGAUGAGGUGCCGGACCUCAGCGGCAAGAACAUUUCCAAGCUUUUCGUCACAUCCAUGAGACAGGAGGUCGCUGAUGAAGCAAUGAACGCAAUCGAGGAAGAAUUCGGACCUGAGACACGCAAGAAGUUCAUCUGGAAGCAAUGCAAUCUUGCCGACUGGGUACAAACUGGCAAGGUUGCCCAAGAGAUUGCCUCGCAAACCGACAGAAUCGACAUCCUCAUCAACAACGCCGGUCGCGGAAUUAUGACCAGACAGUUGAACCAGGACGGUAUUGAUCUUCACAUGGCUACCAACCAUUUCGGUCACGUCGUUUUGACCAGCCACUUGCUGCCAACCAUCAAGGAGACCGCCAGCAAGGGCAACACUGUUCGCAUCGUCAGCGUCUCUUCCAACCUGCAUGCUCAAGCUCCCAAGGAGACCGAGUUUGCAUCAGUCGCAGAACUGAACAAGGACUACGGCCCUCAGCCGCAGUAUGGUCGUAGCAAGCUGGCCAACCUCUUGUACGCCAAGUGGCUCAAUGAGCACCUCAAGACCGAGCACCCCAACAUCAUCGUCAACGCCAUCCACCCUGGUAUCGUUGACACCGCACAAACAAACGUCCACAUCCACGAGGCAUUCCCUCUGCUUGGCUACGGCAUGUCGGUAGGACUCAAGCCCUUCCGCAAGACUCAGUUCGAGGGCUGUGUCUCUGCCAUGUACGCAGCGACCAUGGCCGAGACUGGUGGUAACUACAUUGCUCCCCAGAAGGUCUACGAGACCCNNCCCUCUGAGAUGGGCCAAGAUAUGGUAUUGGCAGACCGCCUUAUGAAGUUGACAGCAGAGAUCGUAGAGUCAAAGACUAGAACUGAGAGUUCGGCAAAGGGAUGUCCCUUCAAGGAGGCUUAG